CGUUACUUACAAAACACAUGAAAGCAAGAUAUUUUUUUUCGAGUUUAAUUUUUAACAUACAAAAAAUAACUGCAGUGAAACUAAAAGAGAUCGAUAACUAAUUGAAUAACUGAAGGAAGAUGCAAUACUGUGAUCCAACAGUGUACAAUUUUGCUAGCUAGAGAGACCAUUUCGAUGUAGAAAAAUACAAACUUUUCGAUUUUUCCUCAAAAGUGAAUGUAGCAGCAAUUCUUUUUGUGUUUGUGAACGUAAAUUUAAGAAGUCAAUCAAUAGUUGCUUCAUAAAAGAAAAAAAGAGUAAAAAAUCGAAAGAAGAAUAGAGAAGAAUAGUUUCUAAUGGUUAAACCAUAAUAAUCGAGAAGCUUAAAAAAAGUGAAUAAAAAUUUAUGCAUAAAACAAGAAAGAGAAGAUUCAUUUUGUGCAGCCCAGAAAACAAAAAUCUUAGAAAAUAGGAUCUGUUAAGGAUUUAAUUGAAUCUCAAUCAUCUGGCGAGAUGGUGAAGAGAACGGAUGGAAGGGAAUCACCAAUUCUUGCCGAAUCGGAUGCCGAUGGACACAGUGAUAAACCUAGAGCUAAAUAUGGAGAAUUAGUUAUUUUAGGAUACAACGGAUUUCUUCCACAAGGUGACAGAGGUCGACGACGCUCCAAGUUUGUGUUAAGCAAACGUCUCGAGCAUAAUGGUGUCAAGCGUUCUAAACAUUACAUAGUACAAUCACCUGAAACAUCACAUGCUAUAUUAGAUACUUCACAACAUUUAAUUUCAUAUACUUUAUCGAGAAAUCAAGCUGUAAUAGUUGAGUUUCAGGAGGAUGAGAGCACCGAUAUGUUUCAGGUCGGUCGUUCAUCUGAAUCUCCAAUUGACUUUGUAGUUAUGGACACUUUGCCUGGUGAUAAGAAAGACUCAAAAGUGAUGCAGAGUACAAUAUCACGGUUCGCAUGUCGAAUUCUCGUUGAUCGAAGUGAACCUCGAGCAAGAAUCUUUGCUGCUGGUUUUGAUUCAAGUCGUAAUAUAUUUUUAGGGGAAAAAGCAACAAAGUGGCAGGACAAUGUUGAAAUGGACGGGGUGACGACUAACGGUGUUCUUAUAAUGCAUCCAAAAGGAAAGUUUUGUGGUGGAAAUGCGAAAUGUGGCUUAUGGCGCGAGACAUCAUUAGGUGGUGAUGUGUUCAGCUUAAGAGAAUCAAGAUCAGCACAGCAAAAGGGUCAACCAAUUAAGGAAGAGUCGAAUGUGUUACAAGAUGGAACGUUAAUUGAUUUAUGUGGAGCAACUUUACUAUGGCGGUCAGCAGAAGGACUUCUUAAUUCCCCGACGAAACGUGAUUUAGAGAAGCUGGUUGAUGAAAUCAAUGCUGGACGUCCACAAUGUCCUGUUGGCCUCAACACAUUAGUUAUUCCUCGUAAAGCAGCGACUCUUAGCGAGCAAGUUGAUCAGCCAUACGUCUAUCUUAAUUGUGGUCACACCUUUAUUGGUAUUAGGAGUUUAGACUGUAAAGAAGAUAAAAAAAGACAAAAUUAUGUUUCUCUUCCAGGUCAUCACGAUUGGGGACAAGACAAAGCCUCAGGAGCUCGACGGUGUCCAAUGUGCUUAGAGUUAGGACCGGUGGUGACGCUUUGCAUGGGUAUUGAGCCAGCUUUCUAUGUCGAUUCGGGGCCGCCUACCUACGCUUUCAAUCCCUGUGGACACAUGGCAACCGAGAAAACCGUAAAAUAUUGGGCUAACGUUGAUAUUCCCCAUGGCACAAACGGAUUUCAAGCUGUAUGCCCAUUCUGUGCGACGCCCUUAAACGGAGUUCCAGGCUACGUGAGGUUGAUUUUUCAAGACAAUUUAGAUUAAUUUUUUUUCUUCUGCUCUUUCUCUCUCUCACUCUCCAUCCAUAUUCAAUUUUCACGAGUUAAACAUUUUUUUCUCACGUUAUAUUAUGAUAAUUUUCCUGACAACUUUAUAGAAUUUCGAAUAUUUUUUUCUUGUGUUUUGUUCCUUUGGGAUUUAUUAAGUGAAUAAAAGAAUGAAUGAAUUAUUUGUACAUCCAGAUAUUUCUAAUGAUUGGCACCACUCAGUGAUUUUGAUUUCUUUUUUCCUGAGCUUUAAGAAUGAAAACAACAAACAAAACUAAUGAAUGUGCUUUAAUAACGCAAAAAUGAUAAAAUGAAAUAUGAAGAAAAAAACUUUAAGAUGAUUAAUCGUAGUUUGUAAGUAAGUUUACGAUCGAACGUGAGAGAGGAGGGAAAAUUAUGUGAAUCCUAGUUUCAAAUAUAAAUAAAAAGAGGAAGGUAAGAAAAACAAGAAACAUUUAAAAAAAUGAAAAUUUUGUGCGCAAUGAAAAAUCAUUUUGGUUGAUGAUUAAAAUAAUUUUAUUUUUCUUUCAACUUGUGUUGAAAAUAGACAUUAAAGGAAAAUUAAAUCAAAUAGAACCUUUAGGGAUAUUUUAUGAUGAACGAAUUGUAAUUAGUUUUUCUUUUCUUAUUUGUGGUUUAAAAAUUCUUGAAAGUCGUCAUUGGAGAAUGAUAAAUUUAAAAAUGUAAAGAAAAAUCUUCUUUGGCUUUUUACGACUACAAAGAGACACAAAACAUGAAUUUAUAAUCUCUGACGUUUCGAAGGAGCCAUUAAAGAUUAAAAGUGAUUUAAUAGAAAACUUUUUCCUAGAAUUUAAAUAAUUGUCACGCUAAAUCACACAUACACACACACGUACACAUAAACAUAUUACACAUUGAGACUUUAUUUUCCAAUAAAUGGACAUGUAACCAAAAAAAGAAAUUACUGUAAAAGAAAGAAGAAAAAAUAUUAAAAGUUUUGUUUCUUCUUUGUUGUUUCUUCUAACAUUAAUUUUCAAUAUUAUAAAAGAAGAUUGUUUCGUGAAAAAGCUUUGAAUUAUGAGGACGAAAUAAUAAUAAAAAAGAGAAAACAGAAAUAAAGUAUUUUAUGUUGUAUUGAAUUUAA